GGUUUCUAAUACGAUUAUAGUAUUUAAUUAUUGUUCAAUAUUUCACGUUAAUAUCAUUACGAGGGACCUAAAUUAUUUGCAAAAAUGUGGCUGGACGAAGCUGACGGCCUGACGGAGAUAUUUAGAGGCUAUUUGCCUUACUAUUUGCUUGUAGCUCUCCCUAUUUUUAUCAUCAUGUCCCCAGUGAACCCGGUGGCUGCAUCUCACGAAUUUUCGGUGUACAGGAUGCAGCAAUACGACUUGCAUACGAUUCCCCACGGCUGCCGCAGUGCCAGCUUCAACCUAGAAGGCCGCUCGCUGACGUCAUGGAGCACAUCCCGCCACUGUGUGGUGGCUCGCAUACAAGACAUCAGCAUUGAGCAGUUCUUGGAGAUCAGGAAUAAGGCCGGUGCACUCCUGCUGGUGCUGCCUAAGAAUGAUACUGUGCUAAGUGUUGAGGAAAAAGAGCAUAUCCAGCUCUUAGAAAUGGCGAUGGUGCAAGACGAGAUCAGCGCACCCGUCUACUUCGCUGAGUGGUCUCCGGCGUUCGAAGACAUCUUAAGAGACUUGCAGCACAGCUUCAUAACCGACGAUAAGUCCGGAACGGCGCUGGAGGCCAUGCUGAAUACUGUGUCGUCUAAUGGCUACCAGAUUGUGGUGUCAGCGCCGGUGCCGGCGAAGCUGGACUCUAAACCGGUGACCCUUCACGGAAAGCUGAUCGGCCGCUCCGGAUCCGCUCAGACCAUCAUCAUUUCAGCACACUAUGAUUCCUCAGGCUUGGUGCCGGAGCUGUCCGUGGGCGCUGACUCUAACGCCUCAGGUGCCGUGGCUGUACUAGAAUUGGCCCGCAUAUUCUCCCGACUGUACGCGUCGCCGGCCGUACGCGGCGCGCCAUCUUUGCUCUUCGUUCUAUCUUCAGCCGGACAUGCACUAAACUAUGUGGCUACUAAGAAAUGGUUGGAAGAACAGCUGGAUUCUACUGACGCUUCGCUGCUACAGGACGUAUCGUUCGCCAUGUGCUUGGACUCCAUCUCUUCAUCUCCAAGCCUUACUAUGCACGUGUCGAAGCCCCCGAAGGCCGGGGGCGCGGCGCACUCCCUCCAGACCAAGCUUGGAGCCCCGGUCACUCAUAAGAAGAUAAAUCUAGCUGAUGAGCUCUUGGCGUGGCCUCAUGAGAGAUUCAGUAUCAGGAGGAUGACUGCUUUUACAUUAAGCAGUUUACAGAGCCACAAAGAGCCAGCGCGCAGCACAGUGCUGGACACCCCCUCGGAACCCGCCCUACACAACCUGGUGUCCAACAUCGCGUCCACUGCACGCGCGCUCGCGUCUCACGUCUACAACCUCACUGGGGACGCCGCGCUGUACGACGACGCUCUGAAUGUAGACGAAGCGUCGGUGAGACAUUGGUACAAGUAUCUGUCGUCGCAAUCGAGAGCACCACAGACCAUCACCACUGCGGCUCCUAGCGCAGGUGUGACAGGCGCAUUAGAACGCGCGUUAUCACGGUACUUGGACGUGACAGUAAGCGUGCAUGCAGUGGACAAGCGUGAACCGGAGUACACACUAUACUCCCCCACACGAGCGGUGCUCUACGUAUACAGUGUAAAACCAGCGGUAUUCGACCUGAUCCUAACCCUGGCCAUCAUCGCGUACCUGACCGUGGUCUACUUCGCCAUUCAGCUGUUCCCGCGAUUCUACGAGGAGUAUGCUAAAGUCGUCACCGGCAAGGCCAAAGUACAUUAGGGUAAGAUAAUUGUAGCAAGAUUCAUUGAUUGUAUAAAAUUGAAGUUUAAGACAAAUUCGUGCUUCGUUUUGACAGUAGAUGGCGCUGUACGGCUCCUUGUGGUCAAAAGUGGUAUGGAUAAACGCGCAAAGCUUAACUCAUAUGCCAAAUCAAAAUAAACGUAAACCAGAGAAACAGAAUAUAGACGUUUUUGGUUCCUGGCAGUUGGAAUUUGUAAUCUGUGGGUUUUUAAUCACAUUUAACUAAGAUGGCGAUGUACAAUCAGCAUCAAAUUGAAAGUGACGGCCAAAGUAGCCAAAUAUAUCGGUGCACAAUAGGGAUGAUGACGCGUGUUGAAUUUUAUUACAAAAUCUAGUAAAAUAGCAAAUGAGCAAUUUAUUACAAUAAUGUGGAUAUUGAAAUAAUAUAUGGAAAUGAUAAAAAAUACUGGAUAAUAAAGUUUAAAAAUUUUCAUUUUUAUUUUCAAAAAGGCAAAAAGUAAUGGUACCAUUCGAUUUCAUAAAUAUUAAAAAAAUAUGAUUGUAAAGUAACUACAUACAUAAACACAAUAUUCCACCGAAAAAAUCGCAAUUUUCUUGUUUUCCAUACUAAAAUGGGUUUUCAGUUGGACGGUGACGUCACAUUCACUUAUCGUUUUGUUAGGAGCGUUUUGCGAGUGAAGUACCACUUUAAUACAAUGGGUCCCAUAUAGACAUUUGAUCCUAAAAACAAACCUGAUCGACUGAUAUUAUUAAUUAAAAAAAUGUCAUCGAGCCUAUUGCACAUCCUUAUUUAGGUAACUAGUAACUACGGUGUGUUGAGAUAUAUUUGGGCACCUAGGCCGUCUAUUUGAUGCUGACUGAACGGCUCUGGACAUUAAUGAGGUAACCCAGUUUGUCAAAGUUGACUUUAUAAUUAAGUUACCACCACCAAAGAUAGGCAGCGCCAUCUUUCUCAGCUGUUAUACUCGGCGGCACGAAUUUUUCUCAAACUUUACACAUGCUAUACAAUCUUUAAUUGUAGAGAGAGCAAUAAUUAUGCCUUUUGGAUUUCACAGUCGCCACAUGAUUUAUGCCACUAUGUGCCAUUUUCAACCAAAAGGGUACUUAUUGUCGGUUGUCAAUAAGGCGCUAUUUCCAUAUAGCUUCAAUUUGAAAUCAACUUUAUUGACAACCGACAAUGUACCUUUUGGCUGAAAACGUCACAAAAUUUAACCUCGUAAAGCCCACUGUGCAUUACAAUGUACACUCUGUUUCAAUCUAAUUUGAACCUUACACUAACUGAAUUGAGUAGCAUUUCUUUUGUUUCAUUGUUUUCUAAAACAAACGAAAGUCACCCUAAUCUUCUAUACAACAAGGAUCAAAUUAAAAAUAGACAAACUUUGUACGGUGGGUCUUACGAGGUUAAAGAUGUUAAACUGUAAAUAAGAACAAAUAAGUAAGUAUUGUUUUACUAAAACUUUGUCUUACAGUGUUGUAAAAGCAGGAGGCAGCUAAACUGCUAGAGUGAGAAAAUAAUAUUAAGUAGGUGUUACCAUAAUACUCUAGCAAAUAGUUGCCCCUUGCAAACAUGAAUAGCUAAGUGAAUGACCCGAUUGUGGUAGUCAAAAGGUACAGAGUAGAGACAUAUAGAAACGCACCAACUGUUUGUGAUCGUUAAAGAGUUCGCUAAAUUUUAUUGAAUGGAAAGUUUCAUAGUAAACCGCCGCGGCGCGCCGGUUGACGUUGAUCAGUCUGUCAAGUGCGGAUGGUGCAACCAGGGACCGGACAACCCUUUCCGCGAUAAAACCCUUUCAAUGGGCGACACUUAAACACGGCUAACACAUUGAAAGACUUUCCCUAUUGAACUGCAAGCCCAUUCAUACCCUUACCUUUGACUAACCCUUACCGAAAAGCUAAGCAAAAAUAAGGCUAGCUCUUAAUAAGGGUUACCCUUAUCUUUAAGCGCUUUUUAUAAAGGUUUCCCUUUGCGUGAAAGAGACAGGAUUAGUAUAUAUCUACGGUAGUGUAUGAAAAGGAAAGAAAAUACGUGUCUAGUCAAAGAACGCCGCCGUCGCCGCCGACGAUCGCUCGGAUUCGAAGUAAUGUGUGCUUUAUGAACAAGGUAGACGACUUAAAUUAGCACGCUUAUAUGCUAAAAGGGAAGCCCUUUAUAAGGCUAACCCUUAUAAGCAAUAUGCAAAGUGUUGGUGAGCGGAUGAUAAGGGUUUUGUAAGGGUAUUUGGGCUACCGAUUACUCAAAUGUGGUAGCUUUAUAUAAGGGUUUUUAAAAACAAAACAAAGGGUUUCGUCUGGCAAAGAGUAUGGUGAGUUAAGCCUUAUGCAAUACCCUUAUAAAACCCCGAUAAGGGAUAGCGGGCCGGUCCCUGGGUGCAACUGGCACUAAGUGUCCCCAGCAAGCUCGGUUCUCCAUACAAACGUAGUUACGCUCUCAUUUUAAAACAUGUAGCUAGUAAACUUUGUACUUACAAUAGGAUAAGGUAUAUCUAUGUCUGUAAUUAGUUUAUGUAGCUUCAAAUAGUUAAAAAAAUAAAGCGAAUUUAAGUUCAUACAAAACUUGUUUUUGGUCUAUUUCGUUUGUUUUAUAAUUUUUAGAUAUAUAAACUAAUUACAGACCUAGAUAUACCUCAUGUAAUUGUAUGUGAAAAGUUUCAUUACAAUCCAACUCGUAGUUUUAAAAUGAGAACGUAACUCCGUUUGUAUGGGAAGGUAAAAUUAUGGGAUUUAUUAGGUAUGGGAUUGUCAAAUAAUACCUAAUUAAUGUAUUUUGCUGACGUAAUAUCAAGUAUUAAACUAUCGUGAGACAUAUUACAAAAUAUUUAGAUCAGUACGGUUUCACUCACUAUUAUUUU